AUACAAACCAUCGUCCCCAAACUAAAUCGGACGGUCGCACUGAAAGGACUUAUUUGAAAUUGGAAUAAUUUUUUUGUUAAUAAUUAGUGAAUGUCAUAAAAUCAAAAGUGAGAUACCAUGGCACCUGAUGUAUCAUCCGUGGAAGUGAUAGAACGCGAACCAGAGUUCGAGAAGCUGGUCGCACCACAAGCAGCUCCGAGAAAGUACCAGAUCGUGUAUAGGAAUAUUUUAACAUUUGGUUACGCGCAUCUCACAGCUCUGUAUGGGUUAUACUUAGCUUGCACUGAAGCGACUUGGUCGACGAUUAUAUUCAGUUAUAUCCUCUUCGCAUUAGCAGCGAUCGGUAUAACAGCAGGCGCGCACCGUCUCUGGACGCACAGGGCGUACAAAGCCAAGCUGCCCUUACAGAUCAUAUUAGUCGUCCUCAACUCACUGGCCUUUCAGAAUACUGCCAUCGACUGGGUCAGAGACCAUAGAUUGCAUCACAGAUACAGUGACACAGACGCGGAUCCUCACAAUGCGACACGAGGCUUCUUCUACUCUCAUAUAGGUUGGCUGCUAGUAAGGAAGCACGAGGAAGUCAAGAGACGCGGCAAAUUUAUUGACAUGAGCGAUAUUUAUGCUAACCCAGUGCUUUGCUUCCAGAGAAAAUACGCUAUACCUUUCAUUGGAACAAUUUGUUUUGUUCUACCCACAAUCAUUCCAAUGUACUUCUUCGGCGAGAGUUUGAAGACUGCCUGGUGUAUUGCCGUAUUACGAUAUGUUCUUAACUUGCAUAUCGCAUUCCUUGUGAAUAGCGCCGCACACAUAUGGGGAAACAAGCCUUACGAUAGAACGAUCAAACCUGUUCAAAGUCUACCGGUAUCUUUCGUCGCAUUCGGUGAAGGUUUCCAUAACUAUCACCACGUAUUCCCAUGGGAUUACAGGACAGCUGAAUUAGGAAAUAAUUAUUUAAAUUUGACGACAAUUUUUAUUGAUUUCUUUGCAAAGAUCGGAUGGGCUUAUGAUUUGAAAUCUGUGAAUGAUGACAUGAUCAAAUCUAGAUCGGAUAGAACUGGAGACGGUACUAACAUGUGGGGAUUCGGUGAUAAGAAAAAUUGUGAUAAAUUUGAAUAAACAUUAGAUGUAAAGGUUUUCAAUUAUAUUAAAGACCAAAGGUAUUUUAAA